GCAUGCAGCCUUCCGAUUGAGAAACGGCCAUAGUGUAAACGAGUUAUGUGAAUAUCGCGAAUCGUUACUUCCGUGUUUUUGUGUCGUCUGCGGUGUGUUUCACGUGAAUCAUGACAGAGCUUCUGUUGAUCGCGGGUAUUUGCAUUGCUGUGCUGAUAAUAUUUCGUCGAUUUGUAUCUGGGGAAAAAUGUAAAAGCAAGACAAAACUCCAUGGUAAAACGGUAAUCGUAACAGGCAGUAACACGGGUAUAGGUAAAGCGACAGCAGUAGAGCUAGCAAAGAGAGGAGCCAGAGUCAUUUUAGCCUGCCGAAACCAAGUGCGCGGAGAGGUUGCUGCUACAGUUGUUAAACGAGAAAGUGGAAGUAAAAAUGUGGCGUUCAUGCAGCUGGAUUUGGCCAGUCUGAAAUCCGUGCGCUCUUUUGCAGAAGCUUUUCUUAAGACAGAGGAUAGACUGGAUAUUCUCAUCAACAAUGCAGGAAUCUCUUUGCAUGGAACUACAGAGGAUGGUCUUGGUCUCAUGUUUGGUGUCAAUCAUAUCGGUCAUUUCCUCCUGACUAAUUUGCUUCUGGAUAGAUUGAAAGAAUGUGCACCAAGCCGCAUUGUCACAGUAGCUUCUUAUUUGCACAAUUUCGGUAAACUGGACUUUGACUGUCUUCGCAAACACAAGGAGUUUGGGUUGGGGGAGAGUUACAUUGAUACCAUAAAGAUCUAUUCGCACAGCAAACUGUGCAAUGUGCUGUUCACACAUGAGCUUGCAAAGAAGCUACAAGGAAGCAAUGUGACCUGUUACAGCCUUCAUCCAGGUGCCGUAGACACGGAUUUGGCUCGUUAUAUGAAUAAAACGUUAAGGAGGUUUGUAUACAGGCCCAUCGCAGCUCUGUUUUUUAAGGAUGUGGAAGCCGGUGCCCAGACGACUCUACACUGUGCCCUGCAGGAGGGCAUUGAAUCCCUGAGCGGCAGGUAUUUCUCCAAUUGUGCCGUGCAGAAGGGAUCGGCCAAAGCUCAGGAUGAUGCUUUGGCCAAGAAGUUAUGGGAAGUGAGUGAGACUUUAAGUGGCUUGUCAUGAAGUUACAACAGUUACAGUACAACUACAACAUCAGAUCUACUUCAGUCUACAGCUAUAACGACAGAUAUGCAAAUCCAAAGGUGCAAUCUAUUUACAUGAUUAAAAAUUCUUGUUCAA